AUGCCAGAUCAAACAAACGAAAAAAGUCUUGAAAUGCAGUUGGAUGACAGAAUCGAGCUAACACGAGAAGAGCAAGACAUCGAGACAUCGAGCAGUUCUUAUCCGCACUGUGAAGGACUCGAUCACAUCGUAUCGUUGGAAUCCACGUAUGAUUUUCAUCGUCAGAUGGGAUUUGAAGAUCUGAAACGUUAUCGAGAUGACUACGACAAAGCCAGUGAACAGAUUCUGAAACUAAGAAAGCAGUUGACCGAUACGAAUUUGGAUCCGAGAAAGAGAAAAUGGAUCGAGGAUGAUUUGGAUUCGGCAGUCAGAAAGCAGGAUAGUGCUCUAUCGAGAAUAAAAUUGGCUGAAUCCCACAUGAAGAGAGAUAUGAGAAACGAUGCGCCGCCAGCAUAUCAGCCAGAUGAUCCAUUGAAAGAUCUUCGAAGGAAUUAUGAAUGUUCGGAGAAGGGAAAAGCACCAGUGUAUCAGGAGAAAGGUCCGAAAAUUUGA